CAUUUUCCACCUUGACACCGGUGUUUUACUUCCGGUCUGAACUCCGCUGAUUCCGAUGAGCCGUCAGGGUCCGAUGAAGGUUCUGGUGACGGGCGGGUCCGGCCUGGUGGGGACGGCCAUCCAGCAGGUGGUGAAAGAAGAGGGAAGGGAUGGAGAAGAAGAGUGGAUAUUCCUGUCGUCCAAAGACGCCGACCUCACGAACUGUGAGGAAACGCUAGCCGUGUUCCACAAACACCGGCCCACCCACGUCAUCCACCUGGCCGCCAUGGUGGGGGGUUUGUUCAAGAACAUGAAGUACAACCUGGACUUCUGGAGGAAGAACGUCUUCAUCAACGAUAACGUGCUGCAGGCGGCGCACGAGGUGGGAGUCGUCAAGGUGGUUUCCUGUCUGUCCACCUGCAUCUUCCCGGAUAAAACCUCCUACCCCAUCGACGAGACCAUGAUCCACGACGGCCCGCCGCACCAGUCCAACUUCGGCUACGCCUACGCCAAGAGGAUGAUCGACGUGCACAACAGGGCUUACUUCCAGCAGCACGGCCGCUGCUUCACGGCCGUGAUUCCCACCAACGUGUUCGGCCCCCACGACAACUUCAGCAUCGAGGACGGACACGUGCUGCCGGGCCUGAUCCACAAGGCCUACCUGGCUCAGAAGGAGGGGAAGCCCCUGACGGUCUGGGGGUCUGGUACCCCGAGGAGACAGUUCAUCUACUCCCUGGACCUGGCCCGGCUCUUCCUGUGGGUUCUGAGGGAAUACCCGGAGGUGGAUCCCAUUAUCCUGUCUGUCGGGGAGGAGGACGAGGUUUCCAUCAGAGAAGCAGCAGACGCCGUCGUGGAGUCUCUGGGAUUCACAGGGGAAGUGGUCUACGACACCAGCAAAGCAGACGGCCAGUUCAAGAAGACGGCUAGCAACGCCAAGCUGCACCGCUACCGUCCAGACUUCCAGUUCACGCCCUUCAGACAAGCUCUGAAAGAAACCUGCGAUUGGUUCGUUGCCAACUACGACUCGGCCCGGAAGUGAAGUCUCCGCUGGGCCCAAGUCUCUUUGUGAAGGUGGUGGAGGAACAAGACGGUGGUGGAGGAACAAGACGGCGGUGGAGGAGGAACAAGACGGCGGUGGAAAAUGGUGGAGGAACAAUACGGUGGUUCAUCUGCUCCGAAGAUGAAGGAAUCUCCUGGUUUAAACCUUGAAAUCACUGUUUGCUGAACAAAAACUGGUUUUAGACCGAGUCUCCAGUCGUGACCAGAGCUGGUGGACCAGAACCAUCUCAGCUGCUGGACCAGAGCUGGUGGACCAGAACCAUCUCAGCUGCUGGACCAGAGCUGGUGGACCAGAACCAUCUCAGCUGCUGGACCAGAGCUGGUGGACCAGAACCAUCUCAGCUGCUGGACCAGAGCUGGUGGACCAGAACCAGAACCAUCUCCUGCAGCUUCCCCUCCGACUGUAAUCUGUUACUAUUUGCCUUAAAUCAGGUGUCUGAGCAAAUUAAAACCCCAGUAAUCAAUAUUUCCUUUUCUAGACAGCUGAUAUGUUUGUUCUCUUGAUCCUCUGGUUAUAGAUAAUCAGAUUACAUGGUUAUCGACGUCAUUUAAACUUAUUUAAAACUAAAGCUGGUAUGUGCUGGUGCUUUGGGUUUUUCUACGAGGUCAAUGUUUUGGUCUGAAACAUCGUGGGUUCUGAACCUGGAGGAGAUGUGGGGAGUUGGUGAAGAAAUAAUUUAUUUAAAAACAACAAAUAACUUUACAAAUUAAGAGCUUGGUUAAAAAAAAGCAGUAAGUGCAUAAAAGCAAAGAUGAGGAAGUUUCUGCAGAGACGUCGGUGGAGGGACCAGGUCUCAGGUCCGGUCUAGUCCAGGCCCGGCCCGGGCUGGUGGACCCGGGCUAGUCCAGGCCCGGCCCGGGCUGGUGGACCCGGGCUAGUCCAGGCCCGGUGGACCCGGGCUAGUCCAGGCCCGGCCCGGGCUGGUGGAGCCGGCAGAACUCCUGGCCCAGAACCGCCCUCUUCUUGCAGGCCUUGCCGGUCUUGGUGAGGCCGUUGCAGAGCUGGCGGCCCGACAUGGAGCUGCAGACGAGACGGAGACGGUUUAGUCCUGGUUCUGGUUCAGGUCGGGACUGACGGGUUUAUUCAGACACGUUUACAGAAGGUUCUACUUUAACUGUGUGGUGUUUAACUCGUAUCACUGUCACUUUUAUACCUUUUCUUUCAAAUAAAACAAGUUUGUUCCUAAA